AUGACGCCUUCAUAUGAAGAUCUAGGGAAAGAACAAUGCGGCCAAAAAGAUGAUGAAAAUAUUCACAAUUUUCAAGCUAAUGAAACUUUAUCCAAUGAACACCAAGAACGAAAUAAAUCAGAAAACUUAAUUUCAUCCGGUAGAGACCAACUAAUGAAUACAAACAUGUCCGACAACAACAUAAAUGACUUUGACUUAUACAAAGAUGAUGGUUCGAAUGGUCUUGGAUUAUCUAAAGAAACUAUGCGACAAUAUGGCUCUGUUCGCCUUAUUGGAUGUUACGGAAAUCGCCAUUUAAUUGCAAGACGCUUGUUGAAUUUAGAGAUUAUUAAUCAACAAAUAUAUUUGACAAAGGUUACCGAGCAUCAACUUUGCCUUAUGAGUGAAGAAGAUUUAGAAAGUUUCGAUUGGAAUUUAUACAAUACCGAUGUUGAAUCAGAUGACGAUAAAAGGAUUUAUGAAUUUGAAGUCAAGAAAAGUCAGGAAGUGGAUUUAUUAGAUAAUAUAAAAACCGAAUUACAAAAUACUCAAGAAGAUGGUGUACCCUUGCAUCCUAUUUUUAUUGAAUCUGCUACAAAUCAAUCGUUUGCUACUCGGAAAUUAACAAAGGAGACGUCAUGUAUGCGAGGAAUCACUAUACCAGUUAAUGAAUGGGAAUUUUCACAAAAGCUUUAG